AGUAGUGCACUUUUCCAUGUGACUUCGCCUAGAGCGCUUUUCUUUUCACAUUAGAAAAUAAUGUAUUUUAUAAUUUGCAAAGCUUAAACGUCCAUCAUGUCGAAGAGGAUUCUAAUGUUCGUGGCUUUCGCCGCGUUGGUAUGUGCGAACGAAGUGGAAGAUUCGGAGCAGAAGAAACGAGGCGCCGGUAAAGGGACUAGCUUAAACUCUAUCCCUACUGGAGCCCAAAAGCCAGACUACACGUACCAGGUUUAUUCUCAGACCCCGAGUUCACAGGGCAGUUCUUACCAACCUCAAGUCUCGAAUUCUUUUUAUCCAAGUCAAGCAUCAAGUCAAUACUACUCAGUACCGAGUCAGCAGGAGGUAUCCCCAGGGUAUUCUCCUCAACCACAAAUAAACCUAAUUCCUCCGCCGGCUACUUCACAAUUUCUUCCCAUCAAUUUUGUUCCAAGUCCAGGUUAUCAAUCCAAAUAUCAAAUAAUCCCUUCUAAAACAGCAAACGGGAACAUACAGCUACUUAUACAACCGUCCUCUAAUUACCAGUCGAGUCCUUUUCUGCAGUAUCCUCAGUCACUGUUUUCACCUAAUCCCGCAAACCAUCAGUACAGUCAGCAGCAGCAACUUCAGCUGCCAUCUCAGCAACAAUUUAAUGUGGCCUCUCCGUACCAGCAAUUGCCUUUAGGUCAGCCUUACUUCGGCCAGCCGUCUACUAUGUUUCUUUUAGCGCCGCCGAAUCCUUAUAAUAACCUGUUGUAUCCUGGUCCGAACCCUUCUCAAAGUUUUUACAACUACUAUCCAUCGAAUGCCCAGCAGAAGUAUAAUUUAUCUUAUGGAUCCUCUUCACAGCCGUCGGUUGAGUAUGAGAAAGUCCAGGGGCCUGUAUCGUCGGGCUUGCCGAAGGAAGAUAAUGAUAUCGGGACGCACGGGAGCGACUUCGUCCCUUCGGAUUCCAGUAGCAGCUACAAGACAGCGUACGCGACUAGCCGCAGCGGCACGUACUCCAAGCUAAAAUGA